AUGGCAGGAGGAAGUGGGAACAAUAAUGAAGGGAAUGAGCAGAGUGAGGUUGAGUGGUUGAAGUUGACCUUUGGUGGCAAAAAAAUGAGGCUAAGUAUUAUACCAAGUUUAUUGAGCUGUCAAGUUUAUGGAAGGUCUGCACACCUUUAUGCUUUAGAGUUGAAGAAAAAGAAAGAGUUAGCUGAAGUGGAAGGAAAAGAAAUGAGAAAAGAGAUGGGACAGAACUCUGGAAACCCUCAAGGUAACCCAAACAAUUUUAAGAAGCAGAAAUACCACCACAACAACAACAACUUCAACAACAACAAUAACUUCCACAACAACAAUCGUCAGGGUAGACGAAAUUUCAAUAGAGGACCUAAGAACUCUAACCAGGAAAAUAAUAAGGAUGAAAGGUGUUAUUUCUGUAAGAGAUGCAGAAAUAAUCACCCUAGUAAAGACUAUGAGGGUAACUUGGUUACUGGUCGCGCUUGCAACAAGUUGGAACAUAGGGAGUAUGAGUGCUUCUCCAAAGAUUCUAAUCGAAACAAGCAGGGCAAUAAUCAAGGGAGGGUUCAAAGGAACUUUGAGGGAAAUAACAACUAUGCAGGAACACAAAGGGGCAUAAGAAAAUGGGGUGAAGGGCAACAAUAA